GUUUAUUUGUUUAUAUCAUACUCCGUAGUUGACGUAUCAAUUUGAGUGAUUGGUAUGAGCGUCAAGGGUUAGAGGGUCUGGCGAUUCUGGCCACUCAUCGGGAGUCCGGCGUUAAAGCCGGCGAUAGAACUGAGACCACAGCCGCCGGAGCAGGGAUUUCAAUUCUUUUCGGUUCUUUCGUCACACCUAUAGCCGAGACUGACCAACAACGCACAAAUGCGACCUCAGACUUCCAGGCUAAAAAGGGGAUCUGCCAUGGAUCUACAUUCGAGGAAGGGACUGCAAUAGGACGACCAGCUACUCGACCGGAACUAGACGGGACCUCACCAAACCCAAAUACCCAACGAUGGAGACAGGAUAUCAAUAGAUCCCGAGUAGGCCUCAAACCAUCGACGAUGCACUCGGAACGGCGUCUGUCAGCUCGGGGGUCUGGGAACCACUAUUGGAGAAGCAUAGAUGCAGGCCAUCCAUGGAGAAGAUAUGAUCACCCAAGCGUGAAGUUUUCCAUUACACAGUCCCGACGAGCAUCAUCGACUGUAGAGCAACGAGUCAGGGGGAUUCCUUCUCACGAGAGGCGCAGGACAGAUGCUCGUGAUGCAAACCAUCGAUGGAGAGGCUGCGGAGGACAGAGUAAGAAGUUUCCUCAAUCCCGGCUAGCUCUAGUUGGGCGAGAUGUACAUCAUCGCAGGAGGACUCCAAUUGCACACAGGCAGCGCAAGACAGAUUUCAACUACAGGGGGAGCCAAUCAGCUGUGGAGUACACAGAUUUAUGUGGUAAUUCUCUCCAUCAACCUGGGAGGUUAAAAAACUGUUCUGAUGGAUUUAUUGAAAGUAAAUAUUUUUCCUUUCAAGCAUCAGAUUCACACAUUCGCAUUACAGAAACAAAACAUGGGUUAUUUUCUAGUAUUGAUUUUGAUAGUGAUGGUGCCAUUUGGUUGAUUAAAUGUUUGCCAAAGCUUCGAUCUGGAAAAGUCAUAUCAAGAAUAGUUUUAAGCAAAUGCAUCACUCUUCUUUUGGAUGGCAAUCAUUUUGGGGGAUAUGUAAGAAUUUUUUCAGGCUCAGACUCUAUCUUCAUACCGGAAGGUAAAAAUGGGGUUGGUAUCACUAGGUUCAUUGCAGGUCUUUCACGGGCUAUCUCUACAAUCACGGAAUCAGCUCCUAAGCAGGAACAUUCGCGAACUGUCGAACAAAAUCCAAAUGGGACUUUUUCUACAGAUGUUGAAAUCAUCAACGAUGUCAUUAAGCGCAUGGAUUGCUAUUCUAUGGAGACCAAGGAGCUUACUAUUUCAGAUGUCCUAGUGCAUGCUGAUUCAGUACUUUCUGGGAGAACUCACAACACUUUGGGCAUUUCUCAUACAAUCUCAUCUUUUGAUCCUUCUCAUUUUUGUUCCGUGUUAGAUCAUUCUAUUUCAGAGCUGAAAUCAUUUCUUCAGGAUAUUAUGAACUCGAGUGUGACCAAUUUGACAACUUUCCUUUCCAAGGAGUAUGAGCGUAUUAUGACACAACAUCAUGAGAGUAAAAAAUAUGAGGAUGGGCUUGCCAUUGAGCAAAGCAAGGAUGGAAAUGGGGGCGCUCAGUCAGAAGAAAUCAAAGAAAACACAGUAUAUACGGAGCGGCGCUUUGAACACUCGGAUUUUUCAGAUUGUGAUAUUCUGGAGCAUGGCUCCUCAAGGGGAAUUGGAGAGUAUGUUGAUUCAGAUUUCGGGGAUACAUAUCUUGGACACACUUCAGAUAACGAAAAGCGGACUCCUAUAUCAACAGUGGAGGAUUUAUGGGAUUUUGACACUAAUCAGAAUAUUUGUAAUAAGGCAUUACUUGUCACAAGGGAUAACUGUUUGCCUACAAGUAAUCUGAAUCUGCAAAUGAAAACUUACAAAAAGAGGACUCCACAUUCACAUCGUAUGAAAACACGAUCUCAAACUCGCAAGGAGCGUUGAUGUUGAUAAAGGGAGUUAGGGUUUUUUUGGGUAGGGAAAAAAAUGUAUUUGGGGAUUGGGUAUUUCCUUUUCUUUUUCUUUUUGUUCCUCUUCUGUCUUCUUUUUUC